GUUCAGUGUUAGUGCACUUGUCUGUGGCCGGACCAGUUUUGGUAUAGAGAUAUUAAAUUUUAAUCGAGUGUCGUUUGUUUUAGCACCAGAAAAAUUAUACAACAAAAACACACAUAAUAAUAAUAUAGUAAUGACCGUGUACUAUUCGGUUGUCGUUGCCGUUUACUUGGCCGUCGGUUGUGGUCGCUUGCUGCCAUCGGUCGCCAGGCUGGCAAAGAACGACGAAAAGUGUCCGGAAGUCCGAGCUAGAAGUAAUUGCGACUUGGACGCCAUAAAAGGAACGUGGAACGUAAUCGACUACUAUGCCAGUUCGGAAGAAGCGCAGAUCUACAGAUGCAUGAGAUCCACGUUUAACUUGUCACCGGACGUUCCGGAAAUAUCCAUGGACUUUACGUACAGCUAUGUGGAUGACCCGGACAACGAGCAGCUGUCCGGUAACAUCACUUGGAACAUACCGGACAUGAGUCAACCCGGUCACUGGAUACACAUGGAGACCCCGUACGAAGGCGUUUACAACACGUACGUGCUGGACUGUAAGGACACGUGGGCGGUGUUGCUCCAUUGCGCGGAAAAGCCGUCCAGUCCGCGGUACCUGUCCACCAUACUGCUGUCCAGGGACAAGGCGGUGCCGGUGAACGUGCGCAGUUACGUGCGAGGGAAAUUGCCCAAGUACGGUGUGCAGCUCGAGUACACGUUUCCCAUGGUCCAGGACGAUUGCAGCCCAGCCGUGAAUCCGCUGUACUACGGGACGCCCAAUAAUAAAGCGUCGCCCGCAAAGAAGGUCAAGAACCCGAUGUCGCACGUGCACAACGCCGGCGAAACGGAUACGCGCAUUUAAAUGAUUUGGCCGCCCGGCCCUAUGCCGAACGUCACUAAUGUCACCAAAUAGAGUGCACCUGUAUAGUGUAUAUUAUUAUUAUAUAUGUAUGUGUUGACCAAGAGCCUGUAUUGUUGCCUGUACACCCAUUCGACCUAAACGCACACACUUUUUGGAUUGGGCCUGUCGAAAAGAAAUUUAUCCGGCGCAGAGUAUUUCGUUAUAAUUCCAACACACAAACUCACAUCGACGCGUUUUUGGUGAAAGUAGUUUUUUUAAUUUUUUAAACCAGUGAUAAAACAGCAAAAGUCGAUAUGCUACGUUUUUGAAAUAAUAGGUAUUUUAAAUUGUGGACAAACGACGAAUGAUUUGAUUAAAUACCCAUACAUUAAUACACAAACGAUAAUUCAAUAACGACACGUCCAUUGUAUAUGUAAUCAUAUUUUGUACGCGAUUAUAACAAAUUAUGCAUAGUGUUUUUAUUAAAUAACUUGAAAUAGUUUGGGUUGUGUGAGCGUCAUAAACGGCAUAAAAAAAACAAUAAUGUUGUUGUUUGCACCAAUGAUCGAAAUUACCUUUUAUAUUUUUA